GAAGGGCCAUGUUUGAACAUGAUUAUAAAAUAAAUGAUAAGAUUUGAGUAAAAUCAUAUUAAUCAUUUGAUUUCCAAUAUUGCCGGCUACAAAAUUUUCAUGGGGAACAGUUUGGAAUUUCCCCUAGACGAUAAGUUAACGAUACAUAUUCAGAACUGGUAUUCAACUUGAUCAUAUCUUGAAAGUAUAUUCAGAGGACCGAAGCAAUGUUUGUGACCAAAUGUGUGAUCGUACAUUUUUAUAUGUACUGCUUUGUCUUAACAUGUUGUGCUAAAGAUAUUCCAGGAUACUUUAAAUGGUCGUUAAAAGGGAGGGAAAAAGUGUUCUGUCCGGAAACCUGUCGUACAGAAGAUUCCCCAGAUAUGUGUUGUUCGUGCGAGGCUAAACCUUGCUGGGAGUUAAAUCCUACACUUUGUCCAAUUUGGAAACUAUCUAUUGAAUAUUUAGAUGUGUUUGGGAACUGUAAAUUAAUCGGACCAAAAAAUACUUCUGCUAUAGUUGAAUUAAUUCAUACACACGGAUUCUUAAUACAAAUACCAGAAAAUACAUGCGACUUUGACAAACAGUUGGUAACAUUGGACUUGCGUCACAACAAACUGAUUGAUGCCGACCCCGUUCGAUGCCUUAUAAAACUAGACACACUGCGAUUAGACUAUAAUAUGAUACAAUACAUUGACAAUACAACAUUUACAAGAAUGAACAAUCUCAGAGUUCUAACAAUGUCAAAUAAUCUUAUAAAACAGUUAGAUCCGAAUGUGAUCAUUAUUGAAAGUGGAAAUAUACCAAUUAUUGAUUUUUCUGAAAAUCGUCAAAUGGAUCUAUUAGAUAUAUCAAAUGUUUUCAGACCUGGACCAUUCUGCAAACUCAACUUCACGGGUUCGUACGUUGAACAUAUCACAAACGAACUUGGUUAUGUCAUGGAGAAGGUCAUGCAUGGACCUGGGGAUUUACUGCUGGAACAAACACAUUUUGGCAGUUUUUUAAAUUUUACAUCGAUUGGAAUCAACGACUUGAAGGAAUUUGGUCAGUACAUAGAUGGCACGAUUAGAAUUGAUGCCAGUUCAAUUGAUUGCGAAUGUGCAUUGUAUCCAAUAUUACACACGAUAGGCCCUGACCUUGGAAAGUACUGGAAAAAUGUAAAUAUGCUAGAUGGACAAACAUUUGAAUGCUAUAAACCCGAGUAUAUGAAAGGAAAAAAUCUUACAGCUAUGAUCGAGGCGAUGAAUUUUGAUGAUUUGAUAUGUGAUAUCUCAGAAAAGCCUAAAUGUCCACAUUAUUAUUGCCACUGUAUUGACAUGCCUAGCCAUGGAAAGGUAUUGGUCAACUGCACUGGAGUAGGUUUAACAACAAUGCCGGACGAAAUGCCAAUCGGUGCGUGGAAUAAUUACAAGAUCGAUCUCAUUCUUGCUGAUAAUAAAAUAACCAGUCUGCCUGAAAGAAGUUACUAUUCAAGAUUAGUCAAUUUAGAUCUUAGACAAAAUAACAUAACAGUGUUUAGUUCAAAAGCAGCUGGUGACAUUUCUUCACGCUUAAACAUUCAAGACCAACUGUUGCAAACGCUUCCAUCUAUUUUACAACACCAAAACCCUAAUAUGAUAACGUUUGGGCCACAUCCAGUUGUAUGUGAUUGUUCAAAUACGUGGAUUGGUGACUGGAUUCGAUUAAAGAAUGGCAAGGGAAGGCUCAAUUGCAUUGUGAACGGAGAAAUAAUACCGGCAGAGGACGUCUCUGAGUUCUCUUUAAACUGUGAUAAGUUUACACGCUGGCCAACAGCAGCAAUUGUCAGUUCUUCCAUUGGAGCUAUAACAUUGUUCGUUUUGAUCACUGGUUUGUGCUAUACGUUUCGUUAUGAGCUAAUAAUUUUGAAUCGAAAUCUAUCAAGAAAGGUAUUUUCAGAAACUUCAGAUAGUAUCGAUGUAUUUGUGUCAUAUUACGAGGGUAAUGAUGAUAUAUUCCGUAUGGUAAACCAGUACAUCAAACCUGCACUAGUUGAAGCUGGAUACACCGUUUUUAUUCCUUGGCAAGAUAUUCAAUAUGGAAAUCAACGAGACGAGGAGCUUGCAAAAGCGAUUGAUCUAUCGGUUAACUACGUCAUUGUUUUAUGUAAUAAUUAUGCAGAUGACUUUCAGACCGUGUCGGAACUGGAAAUAAUCUGGAAUUCAUUUCGAGCCAAUAAAGAAAAACAAAUAAUUCUCAUCAACUUUGACAGUUUGGAAUCAAAAGAAAUAAACGAUGAAAGAUUGCGAGCAGUAAAAAGGACAAGAUGUCUUGAUUUUAGAAACCGCGAAAGUGGUCUCAUACAAAGGCUGAAGAAAAAACUGGGGAAACCACUUCAACAUAAACAUAAACCGGAACAAAAGUUGUCAAAAGAUAAUGAUUACGCAUUAGAAAAAGAAGCAACGUUAGACUUAGAGCUAGAGAUGAGUGAUCAUGAUGAUGACAAUUCACCAAAUACUGGUAAUACAAUACCCCCAGUGUUUCACAGACUUACACAACCUAAAUCAUCUGAGUGCAACUGUAAAUUUCGAAGAUGCUACUUGCAUGGUGAUAUACGUUUUCUUUUCAAGCCAAACAUAUCAUCCAACAGGGUUGUGCCCUUGUAAUUUGUCAAUAUACUCCCCUGCAUAUAUUCCAAACACAUUCAAUUUUCAAACUGUUACUUGUACAAGUGCUUCAGCAUGUAUUUUUGUAAACUCUAAGACUUGGUCUAGCUUAGAUGUGUAAGGCAUAUUUUGUAUUAUAUGUUUCUUACGUGAAUAGAUAAAAGCAGUUCAGUAUUAUAAUUUAUGGUUUAGGUUGAAUUUUAAGGUGACAUCUUUACAUAUAAAAUAAAUGAAAUCUUAUACCAAACCUUGCAUUUAAAUACCAUUAUAUGCAUACUCAAGCUUUAGUAAGAUGGGAUUGUCUUAGUUUCAUCAGUGAUUAUUACAAGAUAACAUGAUUAUGCGAUGAUACUAUUGUUAUACUCGUUUUAUAAAUUUUUUAACCUUUCUUUGCAUAAUGUAUUUUUAACAAACAGUAUAAGAAAUGCAAUUGACAUUGAUCUGUAGCGACAAACUUUAAAGUUAACAACUGAUAACAAUUUUAAGAUUUAUUUGUGUAACCUCGGGUCAAGAUCUUAUUUUUGUUUUGGUUUCAUAGAGGAGAUUGAUAGAUCUAAUAACCAAAUUAAACCUUUAGUUCUUAUCUGAACAACCUUUUCACCAGCUUGUGUAACUGGCAUGAUUGCCAGUAGAUCAAAGUGACUUUCUUCAAAUUUAUAUAAUAAAUAUUAUCAUUUCAUUCAUUGUCUGCCUUAAAUUUUCCCAUCAUUUACAUGUUUUGUUUGGUCUGGUAUUUUUUGGUCAAUAAUGGGUUUUGGUUAUAACUGAAUUUUAUUUAAGAAAUAAUAUAUCCCAAACAGUGAUUUUAUCGCUCAAUAAAUUCAACGUUUGAAAUAAGGAUGCGAGGAAUUAUAUCACAAGGGCGUGGCCCGAGUGAUAUAAUUAUGCGCAUCCAAACAACGAACAGUGAUUUUAUCAAGCAUAAUCACCGAUUUGGAUAUAUUAUUUCGAUUCUAACACGACAUCAACAAAAGAAUGCUGACUUACCUGAUAUUAAGCUAAAAGUUUUGUCUCUCUAAUUUAUACAAAUCAAGCAUAAUCACCGAUUUGGAUAUAUUAUUUCGAUUCUAACACGACAUCAACAAAAGAAUGCUGACUUACCUGAUAUUAAGCUAAAUUAAAGUUUUGUCUCUCUAAUUUAUACAAAUUUUCAAAGCAUGGAAUGAUAUAGACGUUCUUAGUGAAUUUGCGUUUAAAUGUUUACAUUUCAAUUUAAGUUUGAAAACGCAUAAUUGGGUGCCAAUAUGUGACAUCGGGUAAAAUCUAGUAUCAUCUGUCAGAUGCAAAAUACGUCGCUGUUGCUUUUCUUGUGGUUUAUUUAUUAACAAACGUUAUGUUAUGUCAUAAAUGGUGUUACUCGAACAAUAAAUUGUUAGCGAGCAUAUCACUUUCUUAUGAUUAAAUACAUUUGUGCACUAGCCUGAAGAAAUGCCUAAAUAAUGCAUUUUUUUUAUGUUUUUGUCUUACCUGUAAUAUUUAUUGUUAUUUAAGAGUGGUGCAAAAUAAAAUAGAUUAAAGCUAUAACUGCACAAAUCUUUUUUAUGGCCGCCCCUUAUUGAAUGACUCGAAGGUAUAUUUCUGUCUGUCAUUCCUUAUGUCAGUUAUCCUGUUUGUCUGUCAGGCAUUCUGUCUGUUCCAACACUUCAGCCUUUCUCGUAAUUUAAAACGAGAAAUAUGCCCCGUGACUGUGUUGUGGGGAGGUGUAGACAGUGGCUACUAAUUUGUUUAUAAAGAAAGCUUAAUUCGUGCUAUCACAGUGAAUACCUCGUCUUCUAUGUCAUAUUUCAUACAAACAAUAAGAUUUAGUGCUGUUUCGAGUUAUUUCCUCACUGAGUAAAUGAAUAAUAAAUUUAUUUAUAUUUACAUAAAUGCCUUAAAGACUCAUCUUUUUCGAAUAUUGUGAAAUAUACAAAAUUUAAGCCCCUUUAAAU